AACAGCUCGCACCCGAGAUAGCUCGCGUCCGUCCUCAGCUCGCGUCCAACUACAUCCGCGACCCGAUAGGAGGCAGCAAGCGUUCAUUCUCCUCAGCUCGAAGUUUCAUCCAUUCUCAGGUGGUCCGGUUCUAUACCUCUACGAAACAAAGGUAUAAACAUAACCUGAGAACAUAGAAUAAGAACAAAACCCUAAUCCAUCAUUAUGGAAACUAUAUUCUCGAUGAAACCCUAAAAGAAACCACAAGAUUAAAAUCGACAAGUCUUAAAACUAGAAAGAUAUAUGAUUCCAAUUAGAACUUGAUUGUAUGUUGAUUGAUUAAAUCUGAAACCUGACAAACCCUAAUGAAGGAAUCGAAAACCCUAAACCCUAAAAGAAGUUAGAAUCCGAUUUUAAGAUUGAUCUUGCUUGUUUGAUUUCUUGCUUGAUUUGAGGUUUAGGAUUGUUAGAUUGUUUGAAAUAAUCUAACUAUGUAUACAAAUACUUAAGGCCUUGAAACCUUAACACAAGGUUGAUAGAAUUUAAAAGAUUGGAAACCCUAGGUAUUAUAAAAAAAAAAAGAAGUAUAAGGUAGAUUGUUUUGCAUGAAUCUGAACAUGGUAUUGCAUUCAUAACUGAUUGAAACAAGACCGACCAGCAUAUAGAUCACACGAAUUAGGUUGAUUGCAUUAGUAAACCUAUAGAGCCGUGUGGUUCAUGAUUGAUAGCACCAUGGUCGAUUAGUAUUGUUUUGAACAUCAUAAAUGCGUAAGACAUAUUGUGGCCGAGCUUGCUUAUAUCCUGCGGCCACGUGAAUCACAUUGUGAGCCUAAUACCUUAUAUGAUAAUGAGAUUAAGAUGUCGAAAAUAGCAAACAGAGACUACGCAGCCCUUAAUCUCUCCGGAGACAAUUACUUGCAGUGGGCGCUAGACACAAGGAUCAGUCUAAAGUCCAAGGGAGUCGGUGAUACUAUCACCGAGGACAACAAUGAGAAUGAAAAGAAUAGAUACGGAGCCAUAGGCCUUAUGCGUCAUCAUCUCAUUGAAGGUCUUAAAGAUCAGUACAUGACAAUUGAGAAUCCACUAGAUCUUUGGAAAGCUUUAAAGCAUAGAUAUGAUCACCAAAAGAUGGUGUUGCUUCCAAAGGCAAGGCACGACUGGAUGCAUCUAAGGUUCUUAGACUAUAAGUCGGUGGAUGAGUACAAUUCAGCCUUGUUCAAGAUAGUUUCAAUACUAAGGCUUUGUGGUGAAGAAGUAUCCGAUAUGAUGAUGCUUGAAAAGACCUAUACGACUUUCAAUCAGUCCAAUUCUGUGUUGCAAGAGCAAUAUAGAACAAAAGGUUUUGCCACAUAUACUGAUCUGAUCUCAUGUCUACUCUUGGCCGAGGCAAACAAUGAGCUCCUAAUGAAGAAUAGUGGAGCCAGACCGGCCGGGACAGCACCAUUACCCGAAGCCCAUGAGGUUGAAAAGAAAGAUCCCAAAGAGACCUACUACGCCCAAGACAACAAGAAACCAUACGGCAAUGGCCGUGGUGGAUUCAAGAGGCGUGGACGUGACAACUCGAACGGCCGAGACGACUACUCGACCGGCCGGAAAGGAAACCACAAUAACCGUGGUCGUGGUUCCAAUUACGGCCGAGGUCGAGGCAGUUACGGCCGCGGACGAGGUGGCAUAUCCAAACCAUCUUACACGUCCAAGUCUGUAUGCCACAGAUGCGGGAUGGACAAUCAUUGGGCCAAGAAUUGUAGAACUCCGAAACACUUGUGCGACCUCUACCAAGAGAGCCUCAAGAACAAGAAUCCGGAGGCAAACAUGAUCCAAGAAAAUGGUCACGAUGACAAAGGAUAUGGGUAUGAUGCUGACAAUGAAUCCGACAAAGAUAACAAAGAUGACCUAAUGGAUUUUGAGACAUCCGAUUGUCUCAAGGGCUAGUUUUUCGAAUCACAUUGUCUUAUUGCUUUAUGUCUUUGAUUUGGUGUUUUUAUUUUAUGUAAUGACAUUUAUAAUAAUAAGAGUUUUAAAGAUCUUAUGAAGUCUCUAAAGUUUAGAAAAUUUUAUUUAUAGAAUGAAUGAUGAGAUGAGUAUACUUGUGGUGGAUAGUGGCACAAGUCACACAAUACUUAGAGACAAAAGGUACUUUAUGAAUCUCACAAUGCAAAGUGCAAAGGUACAUACCAUUGCGGGUGAGGCUAGCCUGAUAGAAGGUCACGGCCAAGCCUAUGUGUUGAUGCCCAAGGGCACUCACCUAGAGAUCAAAACCGCCUUGUAUUCCCCAAGCUCUAGAAGAAGCUUAUUGAGUUUCAAGGAUAUAAGACUGAAUGGUUUCCAUCUUGAAACAUGGGAAGAAGGAAACAAAGAGUUCCUUAACAUAACAUCGAUCACCAAAGGCAAUAAAAAGAUCCUAGAGACUAUGCCCGCAAUGUCUACUGGUCUAUACUAUGCAAGGAUCAGUAUGAUCGAGCCAAAUGCCUCCGAGCUAUUCACUUUAUGGCAUAACCGGCUUGGCCAUCCCGGAACAGGAAUGAUGCGAAAAUUGAUGAUGAAUUCAAAAGGGCACACGUUUAAAGGAGUGAUCCCACGCAAUCUCACAUGUGCAGCAUGUGCACAAGGGAAACUCAUAAUUAGGCCAUCACCAGCCAAGGUUAAUAAAGAAACCUUAAACUUUCUGGAAAGGAUUCAAGGAGAUAUAUGUGGACCAAUACACCCACCUUGUGGGACGUUUAGAUACUUCAUGGUCCUCAUUGAUGCAUCGACCAGAUGGUCGCAUGUGUGUCUACUAUCCACUCGGAACCUAGCCUUUGCACGGCUGCUUGCUCAGAUGAUAAGGCUGAGAGCACACUUUCCAGAUUUCCUUCUUAAGACUAUACGUCUAGACAAUGCUGGUGAGUUCACGUCCCAAGCGUUUAAUGAAUACUGUAUGUCCAUGGGGGUAAGAGUAGAACACUCCGUGGCACAUGUCCAUACACAGAACGGCUUGGCCGAAUCCUUCAUUAAACGUAUCCAGCUGAUAGCCCGGCCACUGCUUAUGAAGUCUCAACUUCCGGUAUCAGCAUGGGGACAUGCGGUUUUACAUGCAACGGAACUGAUUCGCAUCAGGCCAUCUAGUGAGCAUAGAUAUUCACCAUCCCAACUACUUACGGGUCAUGAGCCAGACGUGUCCCACAUCAAGACAUUUGGAUGUGCCGUCUACGUUCCAAUUGCUCCACCACAGAGAACUAAGAUGGGACCACAGAGGAGGAUGGGAAUAUACGUAGGAUAUGAUUCCCCAAGCAUUAUAAAGUAUCUUGAGCCAACAACCGGUGAUUUGUUUAAGGCCAGAUACGAAGACUCACAGUUUGAUGAGUCCAUAUAUCCGUCCUUAGGGGGAGAUAAUAGCCGGUUGAUAACAAAAGAUCUAGAAUGGUUUAGACCAUCAACAUCUUGGCAAGAUCCUCGGACUAGAGAUUGUGAUUUAGAAGUCCAAAAGAUUAUACAUCUUCAAGAGCUAGCUAAUAGACUGCCAGAUAUAUUUGCUGACCCAAAUAGAGUAACAAUAUCACACAUCCCGGCUUGUAAUGCAUCUAUAAGAUGAGACGUCCAAGAUGGACAAUUUCAAGUGGCUACAGAGUCUAGGCAACGUUUAAAACGUGGUAGACCAAUUGGUUCCAAAGACAAACAGCCUCGGAAGUCCAAGAGAGGUGCUGGAUCCGAAAGCAUCAAGGAAACCGUCCAGGACAUAGAUGGACCGGUCGAGCCGACCAGGAUGGUCGAGCCAAGCGUACCGGCCACACCCGAUGAUCCGGCCGUUCCUCAAAGUGAGGUCCGGGACGCUAGGAUUCACGGGACACAAGAGCCGGACAACCAAGUGAUCUCUAUAGACCAUGUAAUGUCUGGAAAACAAUGGAACAGAAAAGAUAUCAACGUUGAUGAUUUAUUUGCAUACAAGGUGGCACUUUAGAUUAUGGAUAAAGAUGAGGAUCUAGAACCCACUUCCAUACAAGAAUGCAUGCUAAGAUCAGAUUGGAUCAAAUGGAAAGAAGCUAUAAACGUGGAGUUAGAAUCAUUGAGAAAGAGAGGCGUUUUUGGCCCUAUAAUCUUGACACCAAGAGAUGUCAAACCAGUGGGAUACAAAUGGGUCUUUGUAAGGAAGAGAAACGAGAAAGGAGAAGUAGUGAGAUACAAAGCACGGCUUGUAGCACAAGGAUUCUCACAAAGACCAGGAAUAGACUAUGAGGAGACUUACUCCCCUGUGGUGGAUGCAACUACACUGAGAUAUCUAAUCAGUCUGGCCGUGAAAGAAAACAUUGAUUUACGCCUAAUGGAUGUAGUAACUGCAUACUUAUACGGACCACUGGAUAAUGAGAUACAUAUGAGAGUUCCAGAGGGUAUUGAGCUCAAAGAUAAGAAAGGUUCUCGAGAACAACAUUGCAUCAAGUUGAAUAAAGCCUUAUAUGGUUUAAAGCAAUCAGGUCUAAUGUGGUACAAUAAAUUAUCCGAGUACCUAGUGAAAGAGGGUUAUAAGAAUGAUCCAAUAAGUCCAUGUAUAUUUAUAAAGAAAUUCGACAGCAAGGGCUAUGUGAUAAUGUCCGUUUAUGUGGACGACUUGAAUAUAAUAGGAACCUCUGGAGAGAUUUCCCAAACCGUUGAAUGUCUAAAGAAAGAAUUCGAGAUGAAAGACUUAGGGAAAACUAAGUUUUGUUUGGGAUUACAGUUUGAGUAUAUGGAGAAUGGAAUCCUUGUGCACCAAGAAACUUAUACAGAAAAGAUACUCAAGCAAUUCAAUAUGGACCAGGCUCACCCCUUGCCGUGUCCUAUGGUCGUGAGGUCCUUAGACCUUGAGAAGGAUCCAUACGGACCUAAGAAGCCGGACGAGGAAGCACUCGGACCGGAGGUGCCUUACCUAAGUGCCAUUGGGGCCUUAAUGUACUUGGCUAGUCAUACUAGACCGGACAUAAGCUUUGCCGUGAGCUUACUAUCUAGAUUUGGUUCAUGUCCGACUUUAAGGCACUGGAACGGAGUGAAACAUCUGUUCAGGUAUCUGCAAGGAACAAAGGAUCUCGGUUUGUUCUACACCAACCGGCCAGGAGAGAGCAUGGUUGGAUAUGCAGAUGCUGGGUACUUAUCUGACCCACACCAGGCUAGAUCUCAAACAGGAUAUGUGUUCAUACACAGUGGAGCCGUAAUAUGCUGGCGUUCAACAAAGCAAUCCUUAGUGGCCACAUCAUCUAAUCACGCUGAGAUCAUAGCCAUGUAUGAGGCAAGCCGUGAGCUUGUCUGGUCGAGGAACAUGACCGGCCAUGUCUUAAAAGAGAGUGGUCUGGCCGUGGGACAAGAGAAGGAGGAGCCAAUGAUCAUCUACGAGGACAAUGCAGCGUGCAUUGCUCAGCUCAAGGAAGGAUACAUCAAGGGAGACAGGACAAAGCACAUCCUGCCCAAGUUCUUCUUCACCCACGACUUGCAGAAGGCAAAGGAGGUUCAAGUAGUUCAAGUUCGAUCAAGUGACAACUCAGCCGACCUCUUCACCAAGUCUCUGCCUACCUCAACGUUCAGGAAGCUGGUUCAUCAGAUAGGGAUGCGCCGGCUGAAGGAUCUUCAGUGAUGCCUUCAUCAGGGGGAGUAUCAUGCGUUGUACUCUUUUUCCUGUCUAUGGUUUCCAUUUUUCCCACCUUGGGUUUUUGGUUUUCCUAGAAAGGCUUUAACGAGGCAACAUCGUGCAUGAUACGAGCCCAUAUGGUUAUAGCAUCCAAGGGGGAGUGUUAAGAACAAUGUGGAUUGCUAGUAACCAUAUCAAGGAAGAACGGACCGCGUCCGGCCCAUGUCCAAGACCGCAUCCAAGAAGGAGAGAGAGGCGGCCAAAGAUUAGGCCGACUAUAGAUUAGGAUGUUUCCUUUUCACUUCAUGUUUAUCUUUAAGUAGUUUUCCUUUUUCCUUUAGGAUAAGGAUUUGUACUCUUUCCUUUUAUCCUUAUCUUGUAAUCCCUAUAUAAGGGAACACUUUGAUUAAAUAAUAAUACACACACGAUUUUCCCUA